CGAGGGGAGAAUGCCGGGAUUGCGCGGCACGCAGCGCCCUCUAGGAAACGGUGUCGCCUUUAAAAGGGGUGGGUAGGUGGGUGGAAGCAAUGAGUGGGAAGGCGAAAGCCUUCGCUCCUGAAGAGCCAAAGGUACGAAGGGGAUUCGUGGUUUCCUUCCGAGCUUGGAGGCUGCUGGGAGUCGUUUAGCUGGAUGUUUUCCUCCCGCGGCUGCCGAAAGAAGUCGCCUUUCCCGGCCGCUCUCGCUCUUUUGCAGGUCGCGGGCCGCUGCCCUUUCCCAUGCCGCUGCGCGCCGCGUCCCCUUCGCUGCCGUCCGGGUGUCAGCUCGGUUUUCGACGACUGUGGCUGCUGCCAAGUAUGCGCCCGCCAGCUCAACGAGGACUGCGAUAAGCUGUCGCCCUGCGAUCCUCAUAAAGGCCUGGAGUGCAAUUUUGGGGCCGACCCCUUUGCGAACCGGGGCAUCUGUUGGGCAAAGCAAGAAGGUCGGACCUGUGAAUACAACGGCCGUAUUUACCAAAAUGGAGAGAACUUCCAGCCUAGUUGCAAACAUCAAUGCACUUGCAUUGAUGGAGCCGUGGGUUGCCAGCCUCUUUGCCCACUGGAACUGCCUCUGACUUCACUAGGCUGUCCCAGUCCCCGGCUCCUUAAAGUACCUGGUCAAUGCUGCAAGAAAUUUGUGUGCAGCAAAGGACCCAAGAAGUACAAAGGUGUCACCUUUGACCACAACUCAAAUGGAGAGGCCAGUAGCAAUGAAAUCAUCUAUGUGGGCAAAGGCGGACACUGGAAGAACCUCCCAGCAUGGAGACCAUUCUUCCAGGAUCAGGAGACCAAGCAAGAGCGCAAAUGCUUGGCCCAGACCACACCCUGGUCGCCGUGCUCUAAGAGUUGUGGUUUUGGCAUCUCUACCCGCAUCAACAGCAACAAUCCCCAAUGCAAGCUGAUCAAAGAAACCCGAUUGUGUCAGGUCAGGCCCUGUGAGCAGCCUGAUUUUUCAAAGCUAAAGAAAGGCAAGAAAUGUCUGAGGACACACAAAGUGCAAGAGCCGGUGAGAUUCAGUCAUGCCGGUUGCAAGAGCCCACGUCGUUACCAGCCAAGUUUCUGUGGGUCCUGCCUGGAUGGCCACUGCUGUGUACCCCUGCACACUCGUACACUAAAUGUACCCUUCCGUUGUCCUGAUGGGAGCACUUUCACCAAGAAGGUCAUGAUGAUCCAUACUUGCCAGUGUGGGGCAGCUCACUGCCCGCUGCUGAGUGAAGCUGCCAUGGGCCCCCGGUAUCAGCUGAAUGGGGACAUUCACAAAUUCCUGGAAUGAUGGGGCAUGCCGACCUCUCUGCUGAUGGCUCUGACGGAGUUCCCAAAUGACUUUGGAUCACGAUCCAGGCCCCCUGCUUGAUCUAUGAAGCUAAGACAUGCUGUAGUUGCUCUGCUUCCCUGAAUGCAAAUCCGGAAGACAAGACGGCAUUUGGAAUUGGCCUAACCCUUCGGUAUUUGGAAAAUGCAUUGGGCUAUGUUGGGAGUAUGGCUAUCCAGUGACUGGGAACGGAUCGCGUGGCACUGAUUUCAGUCUCUCAAUUCAGUCCAGCCAGGCUCAGGCUGGGACUGAGUCUCUCAUGCUACUAUAGUAGUAGAAGAUCAAAGACUUCUGAUUUUAUUUUAUUUUUUGGAUUUCUUGGCUCUCAUGCUGGAAAGGUUGAGGAAGCACAGCAUUAUGCACUAUCGGUAGCUGGGGAUGGGGUGGGGGCUGUGGUUCAGGUUGCUAAAUCCCAAAUUGGGCAGUUUUGACAGAUUCAAGAUCCCAGAAUUCGGGGGAAAUAGUACAUUUUAAGUUAGAUAAGAAUCAACUAUGGUGGAAUAAGUUGUCUCUCAAAAGGACCACAAUUCUGAUGAGUUUGAGAUCUGGCAAUAAAACCUUAAAGCAACUUAAUGGAUAAGAAAUUAAAAGGAGAUGAGAAACAAAACUCAGAUAACACAGCAUGUAUUCCCUGCCCUGCCCUGCCUCCGCCCUUCCAGCCUCCUGUGACUUUUCUGACCCACUGGCCGGAAAGAGAUGCGGUUGGGUCUUUCUCUCCCUUAUCUCACUAUUGUUUUCUUCUGCUCCUUGGUUUGCUUCCUCCUUGUCCUUUAGCUUGAAACCGGCUUGCUAGUUUGCCCAUCUUUACAUCCAAAGGCUGCCUUCCUGACUGCCCACAGUGCCCCCUAAUGGCAAGAUGUUUCCAGGAAGGAGCCACACGCAAUGACUCAGCAGGAAGGGAAAUCCGUAUAAAGACACUGCUCAUCCAUGGUCCACCUUCUUCAGUCCUCUCUAGUUUGCACUCUGUUAGGCUACCAGGCUGUUGUUGCCAGUCUAGAUUUUAAGCUUCAUGAAUCUCAAAGAGAGGACAAAAGAAAUUACUUUAUGGGCACGUUUUAAAAUGAGUUGAAGUAGAGUUGAAAGAGGAUUGUUCCAUAUGUGCAGCCACUCUACUCUCUGCUUUUGAAAGUUUGUACAAAGAUGAUAGUUGCACAAAGAAUUAUGUGUUGGGCUGCCCUUUACCAAAAGCACUUUUUUAAAAACAAACAUCCUAUUCCCAUUCUGUUCCUGGUGAACAGCAAAAGGAAGGCUGAAAGAAAACAAAUCAGGGCACAGUAUUAGAAGGCACUUGAGAUAUUUUGGGACAGUUAGGAAAACCUAUAUUUAUACGUGCAGCAAAGUACUCUGCUCUGAAGAUUAUUUUAUGGAUUUUUUUUAAUUUUGUUUGUUUUGCAUAAAGAAAAGCUUCAACGAUAGAUUGGAGUGAUGGCUAUUAUAGCUUCAUAAUGAAGCCUUCUGUGCAUUACCUUCUGUAUGCAAGGCUUUUAUUCCUAUUUUAUCUUAAGAGUUGCUACAGUGAUAGUUCAGUGUUUCUCAUUUUAGUCUCUUGUUUUAUGACCCUUCCUGCUUGAUAGAAGGCUUUGUAGCAGAAAAAAACAACAGGAUAAUUCCCUUUCAAAAUGAUAUUCAAAAUGGGCUUGAUGUAAUGCUUCCAAAACAAUCUUAGGCCAGAGAUAGACAAUGGAAUGGAUGCAUCUUAUGGAUUUUGAUUUCGCUUGAUCACUUGUAGGUAUAUGAUGCCCACUAAAUGUAUUCCAUCAUAAUUACGAGUCAAAAUGAAUAGCACAAGAGAUUGUGGAGCCACCAAUGGUCCUCCAGGAUGGGCUGUAAGGUAUACACAUGAACAUAUACGCACAGCUCAAAUCUAGUGAGAUUACAAAACCUUGUGAAAGGGUGUUAUUGCUGACAACCUGAAACUUUGACAUUCUUUAUUUUGGCCUUUUAUUUUAAGAUUAAAACUAAUUUUUAUUUAGUUUAGUCCCAUGGACUAUGUGUGUUAGGAGCAGGAGUCACAUACCAUGGUGAGUGCAGGCAUCACAUGGCUGAUCUGUGGCUUAUGUGUCAGUCCUCAAAAAAAAACAACCCCACCUUUCGUUGUAGGGCUUAAAAUUAAGGAAAAAAUGAGAGUCACUUGGAAGGCACCAGCAUGUUUUUGAUUCUUGGAACCAUCAAUUCUGAUGAUCUGCAACUCUCUCAAAAUGACUUUAGAGAUGGUUAUAGUACAAGUAGCUGACUAUUCUUGGGCUUGUUAGGAAUGAACAUUGCUAUGCUACUUGCAUUGAAAUUGUACUUUGGAUUCCCCCACCCCCAACUCUGUAAGGGAACAGGCAGGACCUGCCUUAUUUGGAAUGCUUCUGCUAUUUUAAAAUAUAUUUUAUUCAAAGCUAUGCUGAUCCUUUGUUUCAAUGAAUAUGGCUAUAAUUCUGUACAUUGUCAUGUCCACUAAUGAAGGCAGAUUUAAGUGUCCCAGGAUAAUGUUGUAGGAUCCAAUCUGAGUCGGUCACUGUGACCAGAGUUUUAGUCUUUCAAGCUUUUAGACUCCUGCUGGAGCCCAUCCAUUGUCAAGUCCCUCCCCCUGCCCUUUUGGUGGAAGAUAUACAACCCCUUAAAGAAGAACAUUGAGAGAAGUAAAAUACUUCUGAAUAUCUGGAGCAGAGCAAGGAAUUCCUGAUUCCUUCCAGAUAAACUCCUCACACCCCUCGUUUUACAGAAAGCAUCAACAGGUAUUGAAUAAUUAACUGAGCAAUCCCUCAGCAUUUGGGAGCACAGCAGCAGAAGGCAGAAGCAUAAUUGUUGAAACAAUGCCCAUUUGGAAAAACAAACAAACCUGCUGAUGAGUAUUGCCAAGUAAAGCAUCCUCAUGAGUUGGAAUAUUCAAAGGCAACUUUGCAUAGUAUUCAGCCAAACCCUGUGCUUUUGGAAGUCAGAUUUAAAUGUGUUUGCAUCAGGGAUGCAGGUUCAACAAUAUUUUUUUUUAGUUCAGCCCUCAGUUUGUAGGAUUCAUUUUGCUGCAUUUCUGUAGGUAGGCUGUGCUUUGUACUUAGCAGAAUGCAGACAUGCACAUAUACACAUGUGCUAGUAAAUUAGACCCACAAACCCUAUUUCUAAGAAAACAUAGUUACUGGUAUGUCCUAACACAGUUAGCCUGAGAUUAGAAGGAUCAAUAAUAAUGGAGCACACCCCCACCCAACACUAUUAAUACCAGCUGUAUAUAGUCCCUACUGUGUUACAAUUACCAAAGUUCUUUAAUAUUUUCUCAAUUGUGGAAAAAUAAUUGAAAAAUACUAGGCUGGAAAAGAUGUCAUCUGGCAAAUUUUGUUGACUCAAGAUCCCGUCAAUUCCAGUCAACAUAAUAAAAACAUAGGAAUGAGUUGAGGUUAUACCCGACAUCUUUUAAAAAAAAAAAUCACAGCAGGAUUAUUUUCUGAUAAAAUCUACAGAGAUCAAUGUUUCUGUUGUCCCUCAUUGUUCAUUUAGUAUAAUGAUUAAACUGUUGGAUAAAGAUAGAGGUUGGGUGAAUAAUAUUAUCUUCACCUCAAAGAGAUGUUGUGAAGAUAAUUUCAGAGCAAUCCUACUUACUAAAUGCAACAUAGAAACCGACAUGUAUAAAUAGAUAAUGUUUACAUGGGUAAAUCAUUUAUGAAUUUUAAAUUUUAAAUUUUCCUUUACUUCUUGGAUUAGGAAGAGAUAGGGAAAGAUGGCAUAAAUGAUUAUAUUAUA